CUUCAGUGAUAACCCUAACCUGAGGGGGAAACUGAGAGUGCUUCAAGAUGGCAGCAGAGGAUGGUUCGGUCCCAGUGUUUGUUCGUGUCAAACAUUCGGUUAGGAUCGUUGUUGCUGACCCUUUGAACCAGGAGAAGAAUCUGGUGUUCGUCGUUCGGAGGAUUCUGGAAGAUCUCGGCAGAGUGUCCAGGAAAGAGAUCCUCGCUAUUCAGGAUUAUCCCAGGAGAGGUGUAUAUGAUGUCACCUUUGACGGAGAAGGAGUCUACCGUAGUUUCCUGAGGAUUCUUGAGGAGAAUUCAGCUGAUCCCCGGUUGGAAGGGCUCAAAAUUCUUCCACACUUUGCGGAGGAAGAGAUUUUCCUUGUGGUAAAAACGUACUCUCCUUUUGUGUCGCUCAAGGAGAUCGAGACUGUGUUAAGCAGGUAUUGUAAAAAGCUGGUCUUUUCAGGUAAGAUCUUGAAUGAACUUGGUAUUUGGACUUCUAAAUACAGGUUCAAAGUGGUUUUGGAUAAAGGAGUAUUCCCGCCUGCUAGAUUUCGUCUAGGAACUGUUAAUAUCGACUGUUUCUUUAAUGGAAUGCCGGAGUUUUGUCGGAGAUGUCGCCAGUACGGUCAUGUGGCAGAUGGUUGUGUACUGUGUCAGAACUGUGGGAAAGCAGGACAUGAGGUAAAAAGCUGUUCUCUUCCUAGGAAAUGUAACCUUUGUUUGCAAGAGGGGCAUCUAUAUGGAGCAUGUCCGCAAAGGAAAGAAAAGCCUGAAACAACUGAAAUGGAUGUUGGUAAGUUGCCUGUCCCUGUGAGUUCUGUUUCUAGGUUUUCUGAGGAGGAGGAUUCGGCAGGUUAA